GUGGCCGCCCAUGCCGAGCAGACAACCACUUUCUUCCUCUCCAGACGGCUGACGGCCACACCCCACAUAUCUGCAUAUAUCCACAGGCAUGGCCACCUCUUCUCAAAGCUACGCGUAUACUGAAAACAGUAGCAAUCCCAGCCACCCCACACCCAAUAAUCGGCUCCUAUGGCGCGGCUCCAUAAUCAAUCAAACCGGUGCCAGGCUCCACGGCCUGGCAAUCGUUGCAAAUGCGAUCAACCCCAAGGAGCUCUCGAAAAUCAGGGAUGACCCGUUUUCGGCGGAGUCUGGUUCGCACACCUUGAGUGACACUUGUCUGGAGCUCGAGAUGCUUCGCGGUCGCGACCUUCAAAUCGAUAAGAUCUGUCAGCUCACACUCGAAUCUAAACCACGUGAUGAUUAUGCGCUGCAAGGCAUCCAAACUGGCUCACGAAAAUCCAGAGUGGCCAGUCUAUUGAAGGGCAAAGAUCCCGAGACGAGUGAUGCAAAUCGAGUAAUACCGUUUUCAGAAAUCGAAUGUGAUCCCGAGGUCAGACUAUACGUCGAUCCUCGAUGUAGUCAAACCCAUACUUGGAUCAUCUCUCAGCUCGGAAAACGGGAACUCACUCCUGGGGGUUUUACUAGCAAUGCCCUGAUCGUCACCUUGGAUCACACUGUCGACGAUCGACUUCCACAACAAUUGGUCAUCUUCGGGCGUCGCGCGGAAGAGGCCACUGUUCAACCAUCAAGCUCUAAUGCGUCGGUACCUUUACAAUUGGUGAUUGGCCAACGGAAGCCUCUACUCAGUCAAAGAAUUCCUCGUCCCGAUGAUCCGAUGCCGCGUGCUAUCCCAGGCACGCUAUUUGCCGACACUACAAAGUCUAGAAACAAGAAAUCAGUUGGCACCACCAUCCUUAGCAAAUCAAAAGGUCAAGCUCGCCUACCAGCCGACCAGGCCACAAGCUCAUCAUUUCUUGUCGAACCGUCUUCUAUCAAAGCCCCAGAAACAUAUCCAUCCAGACCCAAUAGCUUCAUAUCAGCUCUGAGAGCUUCACAAAAGCAGAAUGUCAAAGUUGUCAAAAAACCAGCCAACACCCCGGGUAGACGGGCCAAGCAAGAUUUAUCUGCAUCUGAGCAUGAAUCCGAUAAUCAAAACUCGCGCGAAGGGACAGAAUCUGUAUCCUCCAGACGAGCCGGAAAACGAAAAUCAGGAAACACGAGCCGCCAUUCGGUGAAGAAAAUGAAGACAACCGCCAAAACACUACAAUAUGGAGAUCAGUUCCCAGAUCUACGUGCGUCUCUUGAAGAGGAUGAAUAUAACGAUGGCGAAGAAGACGUGAAUACCGGGAACAGUUUUGAAGUCCACAGAUCACCCUCACCCUCGCCUGCUUCAUUCAGGCGUAAAACUAUAUCCCAUAUUCCUACGCCUGAGACAUUGAACUCGCCAUCUGAAAUCAUGAACCAUCCUGAUCGCCCCUCCUAUACCCUCAUGGACUCGACCAAUCAACGGACAACCUCUCAUUCUAAAGCUAAAGGUCCAAAAGAUCAUUCAAAAUCUCGAAAUGUUGCGUCGCCAAGGGAUCUACCCAACCCCGAGCAGCAAGCCUCAAAAGCCAAGUCAGACUCAUCCUCACACUUGGCACAGAACAAACUAUUGAUUCGAAAACUUACAUCGGAAUCUCUGAAUAAUCGGGGACUGCACAAGCAACACCCCAAGUUCAAAGACUUGUACGGAGCUGUUUGUAGAGGAGUGCAAUUUGCGAUGAGAGAAGCAUUAGAGAAACAAGCGAUCGAUAAAAACUUGACCAAGACUUUUGUCGAAAGUCAUUUAGCGAUGUACAUGAUCCUCAAUUCAGAAAAUUCUUGACCAAGCCUUACCCCAUCGAUCCCCUCAUCCACAAUCGUCCUCAUUGAAACCAGGGUUUUUUCCCCCAUUUUUGUUGAAUGUUUUUAUUUGAUUGCAACAUGUAUCUAUGUAUGUACUAUGAUUUGUGCGAGAUAAGUGUCUCCCGCGGUCCAUGUUCCUUUUCCCAACCAGCUCUUUUUUUCAAAGACCACUGUUUGUCCAGUCUGCAACUGAACAUUGAAAACGAACCUCAAAAAGCUGAUAUAACAUUGUACAUAGUUAAACUCAUAUACAGAUAUGAUGACGAUCAAGACCUAAACUGAAAUAACUUAUUGUGUAUUACUUU